ACCUUAAACCUCAGCUCCGCCUCGAGCAAGUCGACGGCGCUAUAAAAUUUCGAAAUCUCCGAAUUGCGCGUCUCUGCAAUUGCAAUCAAUUUUAAUCAAUCAAUUAGACAGCGAGAAUGGUUUACGUAACUUCUUGGGACGAGUUCGUUGAGCGAUCCGUAACGCUAUUCCGCGCCGAUCCUGAUUCUACACGGUAUGUGAUGAAGUAUAGGCAUUGUGAUGGCAAGCUGGUUCUCAAGGUUACUGAUAACAAAGAGUGUCUCAAGUUCAAGACAGACCAGGCACAGGAAGCUAAGAAAAUGGAGAAGCUAAAUAAUAUUUUCUUCACUUUGAUGUCUCGUGGCCCUGACGCUGAUGUUGCAGAAGUAACAGGGAAAGAACAAACAGAAGCACAGGUAGGAAAGAAAGGAAGAGGAAGGAAACAAUAGUUUUCUCUUGGAGAUAUGUUCUAUGUGACUUGUGGAUAAAGAUAAUUGAAUUUUGGAAAAGCUGAUAGAUCGGGUCCUCAUGACGCAAAUGUUAGUGAUACCAUUGAAUUUAUGGGAUUUUCUUAUAUUUUCUCAAUCCCAUUUUAGUUUCUGAAAUACAUGUUUGAUGCUAAUUUUGGGUUAUACUGCAUGAGUUUGUGUUCUCCCGUGCAGUUAUUUACACGAUUUUGGAAUGGGAUGUUGGACCUUAUGGUUCAUAGAAUAAUAGUGACUUAAGUGGAAUGAAUAUAGGUUUAUUUUGUUUCUCGAA